UGCUGUCUGUAAAAUGUCAAGGCAUUUAGAAGGCCAAAUGUUACACUUUUAGAAUGUGAAAACAUUCCUGUAAAACUUUUAAAAAGGUCUUCCAUUGAGAAAACCUUUUCAUAAUUUAAAUAAUAAAUCAAACUAAUGCUAAUUAAAAAAUAUUUGUGCAUUCAGUUGCAGACUACAUAUACCCAUUUGGUGUUUUUGCUUGUAAGGUAAUUCAUUGACACACCCACACACACACACACACCCACACGCUGCUGAUCAAUCAAAACGUAAAAGGGCUGACACCACAUUAGUUGGGAAAAAAGUGGCUCUAGAUAUUUCGCCUUAUUUCUGUUCUGUGUGUUCAGUAGCUGCAUUGUUGUGGCAUGUAGCUGCUGUGUUUCUAUAGGCCCCCCAGGACAAUGGACAGGCUGUGAACUUGCACCUAUUGUGGUGGGGUUUGCCAGGGGGGCUUUAGCUUUGUCAACAGUGCAGAAUGUCCCAGGGGCCCCCACAGGCAGGCCGGGGCAAGGCAGGGCUGGGUGCUCAACGGACACCUCUGUCAACGCCUGGGGGGUCAACGGUCUACUGGAAUGCUCCCCACAGUCCUCAGAGAGCUCUAUCCUGGCAUCCAGAACCACCAGGGAGUCCAGAGCUAAAGAAAAAGGAUUAGUGGGAGUGGAAGAGAGAGGGCCUGAAGAGAAGACAAGAAGAAUAAAUAAGAAAAUGAGCAGGGAGGUUAAGGAAGCAAAGAGGAGCACAUAGACAGAGAGGAAGAGGAAAGACAUCGGUAGCAAAAACAAACCCUGGUGUGGAGGGUGUGGACCUAUAUCCUCCUGAUUAGAGGGAGAACGAGGUCAUGUGUUCACAUGUGGGAGCAUCUGGUCUACAUGGUUCUGGUUGGAACCCUCGCAGGACUGAAUCAGGAGCCAGGGCUGAACUUGACAGUGACAAUGAACUGGGGCUCGUGGCUGAAACUUUGGGCCUGGAAGGGAGAACUCGGUCACGACACAUAGACAUUGGUGCAGCAGGGAGAGAUAUUAACUUGGCUGGGGUGGAGUUACUGCUACGGUCUGCACUACCUGGAAGAAAAACCCACAGGAAGCCACACAGCGUGGAUUACAGUGAGAGUGUGGGAGAGAACACUGGAGACAGGGACCGAGAGAGAGAGACUGUGAGUGUGAGAGGUUUAAGCAGAAGGGAAAGGGAAAGAGACAGAGAGGUCCACAGAAACCGAGAGAGGGACAGAGAGAGAAACAGAGUAAGUGACAAAGAUAGAGAGAGGAACAAGACAGUAAGAGAAGGGAUAAGGAGCAGGACUCAAAGUCUUUCGAACAGCUCCAGCACAUUCCUGGCCUACGACAUGGAGGACCCUGAGGGUACAGAGAGUCGGCAGAGUGGAGCACCCUCCCCCAGGACACCCUCCAUCAGCCACAAGGGCAACGCCAUAACCCUCCACUGCUGCCCCCCUCACCUUGCCUCUGGGUCGGCCUCUCCUGCCCUUCCCCGACCCUCCAUCCGAAUCAGGACCACCACCAUGUCGCCACAGAGAUCUGUUGCAGAACAGCGCUAUGACAGGUCCUCAUGCACAAACAGAGAACGCGAUGCAUUCUGGGUACAGUCAUGGACAAGGAUGGGCCAACCCACGCAGACCCAGAGGACUCAGUCACGCCUCCCUUCCCACAGCAGCUCAGAGCUGGGUGAGGAAGAGGAGGAGGAAGGGGUGGAGGGAGAAGAAGAAGAGGCAGACGGAGUGGAGGAAGGUGGAGAGGCAGGGGUCAGUGGUGUGUCUCAGGUGGUGACCCAGACUCUCGUGCCGGCUGUGCCUUCAUCCCUUGCUCGGGGGGGCGAGAAAAGGAUGAGUAAAAGAGAGAAAAACAGGUUAAAGAGCCUAAGGAAGAGGCAGAGGAGGAGGGAGAGAUGGAGACAAAACCAGCUACAGGAGAACAUGCAGAGCUCAACAGGGAACCCAUCCAGCAGUAGUGAAGAUGAGUAUAUGAGCCCCGGGGACAGGGACAGCUACAUCUGCGCCGUGUGUCUGGAUGUGUACUUUAGUCCCUACAUGUGCACUCCCUGCCACCACAUCUUCUGUGAGCCUUGUCUGAGGACCCUGGCAAAGAACAACCCCACCAAUACCCCCUGUCCACUCUGCAGGACCAUCAUCACACAUGUCUACUUCCAGAAAGAGUUGAACCACACAGCUCGAGCAUACUUCCCAAAAGAGUAUAUCUCCAGAAAGCAGAACUUCCAGAAAGCCAGCUGUGCAAAAUGGCCUCUUCCAAGUUGUAGGAAACUAUUUCGUAUUUUUGGGGGUUUCCAGAGACCUGCUAGCCCCAUUGCCAGGCGUCAAUUUCCCCAUGGAGGUUACCGCCUAGACGCCAUGGACUUUGAGGACGAUUCUCGGGGCUGGCGCUUCGACAUGGACAUGGUGAUCAUUUACAUCUAUUCAGUCAACUGGGUCAUCGGCUUCUUUAUAUUUUGCUUCCUCUGCUACUUCUUCUUCCCCUCAUUUUGAAGACAUUGGCAGGAUGGAUGAAUAACUGGAUCGAUUAAUGAAUGGAUAGAUGAAUGGAAAGAUGGGUGGAUUAAAAGACAUAUAGCGUAGUUCUUUUAAACUAUUUCUAUUUUCUGGAAAUGUCCAAGACUGCCAUCUCUGUUAGUCAUAGACUGUACUUAUUUAGGUUAUGUAAUGGGUGAUUUGUUAAUAUUUUACAAACUCUAAACCCUUAAUUUCUUACAGCAUUUAAUUUCAACAGUGAAACUUUUUAAAAUCUAAAUAUCCUAUUCAAAAGGAAAGUUAUUUCCUCAAAUGCCUUAUUAACCAAAUACAGUUCUAAUUUGUUUCUCAGUAGUGCAUCUUUGAUGUUGAUCGUUGAUCCAAAUCAUGCUCUUUCAUGCUUGACUAGCUCUUCUGUUUAUGUUGUGUAGUUUGAUUAAAGUCUACAUGUGUAGUCUUUACAAUUAGACAGCUUGAAAUACUCUUCAAAUUGUAUUACUACAUUAUUGUAUUUACAGAUACACGUCAUGUACGUAUAUACAGUGUACCCCAAAAACUUGAAAGACAAUGUUGAGAUUUUACAUCGUAACGAACCUGGGUGAUUACAUUUUUUAUUUCUGAGGAAGAUUUUAACAACGUAGCCAAACCAGUGUGCUUCACAGAUGAUGGUACUGUAUUCACAACAACACAGAAUACGAGUGUUCAUAGUAAUUUUGGGUUCAAUACCAGUAUGUUUAAGGAUUUCAGCUGAAACUCACAAUAAAGCAAAAAUAAUGAGCUCUUUU